AUGAAACGCGGUUACUAUAUAUUUGGCUGUUUAGUCCAUAACGAACGAGAACGAAGUAUGAACAUUGUUGAUUUACCUGAUGAAAUUUUGCUUCAUAUUUUGAAGAAACUCAAUAAUAUUGAUGCUCUGUGUACAUUUAUUGGUAUCAAUGAAAAACUCGAUCGAAUCGUGUGUGAUGUUAGUAUUACCCGAUUUAUCAAUUUAAUGGCAGUUGAAUCAAAUCAAGUGGCUGAUUCAAAAUGUAUGAAGAUAUUGCCAAGAAUUCAUGAUAAAAUAGAAUCUCUUACUCUUCAAGCAUGUUUAUUACCACGUGUUCUUCAAACUAAUAAUUAUCCUCACUUACGCAAACUGGUUAUUAAUAAUCUUCAAUUCAUUAUGUCCUGUCGUUGGUUCAAUGAGAAAUCUCCAUUUCUUCAUAUUUUUAAACAACAAAUUUUAGAACUUGUUGUAACGAUUGGUGACGAAACUAUGUAUAAAUCUGAAGAGAAAUUAGUAACUGAUAUUUAUAAACGUAUAUUUGGAUUAUUUACAAAUCUCAAAUAUUUGGACAUAGAUACUAAUGACAGGCAUUCUUUCCCUCGAUCAUUGUUAACUGGUGUACCAUCUACAACAUGCUACUCGUCUAGUAUUGUUCAUUUACGAAUCAGAAUGCAGAAUAUUGAUGAUUGUAUUUAUUUACUUGAUGGUCGUCUUAGUCAAUUACAUACGAUGAUUGUCAAUCUUGAUUACAUUCAUGAUCCAGUACUGAUUAGGGCACGUCCGCAAAAGAUUAUACGUAAUUCAUUGAAAUUGAUGAACAAUAUGACUAAUCUAUGUCGACUCAAAUAUUUUUCACUACAUGCAUAUCAUAGAACAACUGAAUUUGAUAGUAUAGUGAUACCUCUCAUUCGUCGAAUGACACAUCUGGAAAAACUUAUGUUAUCUGUUCGUGUUGGUGGAAAAGAUUCGUUCAUUGAUGGUACUUAUUUGAAUAAUUGUUUACUCAGUCAAAUGCCAUGUCUGCAUAUAUUUCAAUUCAAUAUUAUUACUGAAUUUGUCAGUCUUUAUGCACAACAACCUAAACCAACACCUGAUGAUAUUCGACAUACAUUCACACAAAGAGGAUAUAAUGUUGAUUGUUAUAUUGACCAUCAAUUUUAUUCUUCAAGGCGAUGUCACGUUUAUUCACUUCCAUUUCCGAUGGAUCGUAUGUAUCAUAUAACGCAUAGUUUUUCUGGUGGUAUGUUCACCAAUGUGAUUUUCAAAUGCAACAGUACAUCGAUUGGUUCAUUACGAGAAGCAAACAAAUAA